GUGGGUUCUGUACUGUCUUAGCCUGUCCCCCCCACCCAACACACACACACUCUCUCUCUCUCUCUAUCUCUAUGACUCUUAACAGUCUAAAUCCAAAAGCCACUACCACAUUGGCUUUUCUUGCCUUUUGUUUAUGUGCUUCCUAUGCAAUUGUCUAUGUCUGCUGCCUCUGCUCCCCCUUCUCAGUACCUUCAAAUGGGGGUGGAAUCAUACGUUGAAUUUCUUCUUCUUAUUUAAUAUCCUUCUUUUCUUAUCUUUAAAUCCUCUCUUCUGAACAUGACUUUUCUUGUUCUUUUCUCUUCAUCCUUCCCUUGAUUUAUCACUGUAGUGUGCUGCCCCUCCAAAUAUGAAUUCUUUUUUCAUAAUUUAGCCUCUUUUCUAUGCUAUUUAUACUUUCCACUUUCUGGGGUUUCCUUUUCUUAAUUCCACUUGGUGGUGAAACACUCUUUGCCUCCUUUCAAGUUGUGAAUUUUCUAGCUGCUUCCAUUUGAGUCUCUCAAGAGCCUACACCACUAGGUGUUCAUGGAAAUUGAUCUGAACCAUGAAGUGACCGAGGUUGAGAAUAAUGCACUCUGUGAUGGGGAAUGUGAGAAAGGUGGUGGUGCUGGUGGUUGGUCCUCUUCAACUUGUUCAUCAUCUAGUUCCUCUUCAGCUCAUGUGUCCUCUUCUUACCUUGAGCUUUGGCAUGCUUGCGCUGGCCCUCUCACCUCUCUUCCCAGGAAGGGAAAUGUGGUGGUCUAUUUUCCACAAGGUCACUUAGAACAGGUUGCCUCUUUCUCUCCUUUCACACCAAUGGAGAUUCCCACCUAUGAUCUCCAUCCACAGAUCUUUUGCAGGGUUGUCAAUGUCCAACUACUUGCCAACAAGGAGAAUGAUGAGGUUUAUACACAGGUUACUUUGCUUCCUCAGGCUGAGUUGGAAGGGAUGCAUUCAGAGGGCAAAGAACUUGAGGAAUUGGGAGCAGAAGAGGAGGGAGAUGAAAGAUCACCAACUAAAUCAACCCCUCACAUGUUCUGCAAAACACUAACUGCCUCUGAUACCAGCACACAUGGGGGCUUUUCUGUUCCUCGUAGAGCUGCUGAAGACUGUUUUCCUCCUUUGGAUUAUAAGCAGCAGAGGCCCUCACAAGAGCUUGUUGCCAAAGACCUGCAUGGUGUGGAGUGGAAAUUUCGUCACAUUUACAGAGGUCAGCCAAGAAGGCAUCUACUCACUACUGGUUGGAGUAUUUUUGUGAGCCAAAAGAAUCUUGUUUCUGGCGAUGCAGUGCUCUUUCUAAGGGGUGAAAAUGGUGAACUGAGAUUGGGAAUCAGAAGAGCUGUUCGACCUAGAAAUGAACUUCCUGAAUCAAUUAUCGGUAGCCAGAACUGUUACCCCAAUGUCCUUUCUUCUGUGGCAAAUGCAAUAUCCACCAAAAGCAAAUUUCAUGUUUUCUACAGUCCAAGGGCAAGUCACGCAGAUUUUGUUGUUCCUUACCAAAAAUAUGUUAAGAGCAUCAAUAAUCCAGUGAGCAUUGGGACAAGAUUCAAAAUAAGAUUGGAAAUGGACGAAUCUCAAGAAAGGAGGUGUAGUAGUGGCACCUUGAUUGGAACGAGUGAUUUGGAUCCCUAUAGAUGGCCUAAAUCAAAAUGGAGGUGCUUGAUGGUCAGAUGGGAUGAGGAUAUUGAGACUAAUCACCAAGACCGCGUAUCUCCAUGGGAGAUUGAUCCUUCUGCUCCUCUCCCCCCCUUGAGCAUUCAGUCUUCCCCAAGACUGAAGAAACUGCGGACAGGUCUACAGGUUGCCUCACCUAGUCACCUCAUCACUGCAGCACGAGGCAGUGGGUUGGUGGGCUUUGAGGAGUCUGUAAGAUCACCUAAGGUCUUGCAAGGUCAAGAAAAUGCAGGUUUUGUGUCACUCUACUACGGAUGUGAUGCAGUAACCAAGCCACCAGGUUUUGAGAUGAACUCUUCGAGUCAUCCAAAUCUUGCAUCAGCUGAAGUAAGAAAGGUCACCACUUCUGAGCUUAGUAGUGUUCACCCUUUCAGUUAUGCAAGCUUUGUGGAAACUAACAGGUUUCCAAGGGUCUUGCAAGGUCAAGAAAUAUGUCAACUGAAAUCCCUGACUGGAAAUGUUGAUUUGAACCUUGGUGCUUGGGGAAUGCCCAAUCUAAGUUGCUCAACUUUCAACCUCCAUCAAGCAACCAAACCCAACUUUCAAUCUGCACUUUUUCCUUAUGGGGAUAUUCACCAACCUGGUCAAACUAGCUUGUUUUGCUCAAAACCCACCGGUUUUCAGAGAGAGAAUGCCCCAUUUAACAAGCCACCAACUCAGGGAGGGAUAAUUGUAAAUGAAGUUGGAAGAUCAGAUCUCCCAAAUGAACAUAAGCUGCAGGACAAUAUUUCUGCUGCUGCUGCUUCAUUGGGGGCUCCAAAUAUGGGGGUUCCUAGUGACAACAAUGCCCAGGGAAAGGUAAAUGGCUGCAAACUAUUCGGGUUUCAUUUGUCUGGGGAAGCUGCUACCCAGAAUUUACCGAACUCUGCUAAAAGGAGCUGCACAAAGGUUCACAAGCAAGGCAGCUUAGUUGGAAGAGCUAUUGAUCUUUCAAGACUGAGCGGCUACAAUGAUCUGCUGAGUGAACUAGAGAGACUGUUUGGCAUGGAAGGCCUUCUAAAAGAUCCUGAUAAGGGAUGGAGGAUUCUCUACACUGACAGUGAGAAUGACAUAAUGGUUGUGGGGGAUGACCCAUGGCAUGAGUUUUGUGAUGUGGUGUCUAAGAUCCAUAUAUAUACCCAAGAAGAAGUGGAAAAAAUGACAAUUGGGAUGAUCAGUGAUGAUACUCAUAGCUGUUUGGAAGAGGCACCAGUGAUUAUGGAGGCUUCAAAGUCUUCCUCAGUGGGUCAGCCAGAUUAUUCUCCCACGGCAGUUAGAGUCUAAGUUUCAGGGUUGUCUUAAAUAUUUAUUAUGUUGGUCCUGUCUCUGUACAAGAUUAAUCAACACGUUUAAUGCUGUGUUUGGUUACUACCCUUUGAGUUUGUAGGCCCAGCAAAAUUGCAUGGUCAGCGCUAGAAAGACUGACAAUUAAGUGCACUAAAGUAGCUAAAUAAGGGUCUUGGCAUCAUAUAAUAAGCCAUUAUGGCUUGAGUUACGUACACUGGAAUAAUGGUGAUGGUUUCCAAGUCUUCCAUGCAUGGUUGCGAAAUAUUGCUACCACUGUUAGGAACCUAUUUGAGAUGUGAUGCGGGUUUGAAGGUACAAAUAUUUAGGCAAAAACUUGAGAAAUGCACUCUAGUUACGAAUCAA